AUGAAUUUCAGUAAGUGGGACGCACCCCACUCUCUUCUAUUGCCUCCAGGAGAUCGAAGCAUCUGGGAGCCGGAUCGCCCGGAGCCAGGUUCAGCGCUCCCGGGCCGGACAGUGCACACUUAAGGACCGGGUUACUGGGUCCAAUGUAAAAUACAGAACGGUAGGAAGCUGCAGCCCUUAGAGUAGGCGGGGCGAGGAGGCCUAGGAGGGUUCAAAAGGAGGUGGAAGGAUACACGAGCGACUGUCGGAACUACUUUCAGGAGGAGGUCACGUGUGUUCCUAGUUGGGGAACUUUCCAAAUUACUACUCCCCUCCGAUAGCUCCCGAGGCAAGUGCUUCGCUUCCUUUGCUCUAGGUUCUCCCGCCCCGCGUAAGCAGCAGACGCCGAAUUCCCCCCGGAUAGUAGCGGAAAAAGGGGCACAGACCAGCUUCCCGCAGGAGCCUCUGAGGAGCUGGUUACACAAGCACCCACAUCCAGACACUACUGGGGAGAGUCCCCAUUCCUACCUCACCUGCUACCCACAGAGCAAACCUAGGGACUGA